AUGGAAACAUCCUCAAAUCAGAUGCAAACCCCACAACCAAGUGAUCCUGUUAAUGUUCUUAUAUCUGCUGUUUCAGAGAGACGUCCAGUCCUAGUUUUAGAUCUUGAUGAAACUUGCGUUUUUUCAACAUCUCUGAAACCCCCAGAAAAAAAUUUUCCAAUCCGUGUCGGUAAACAUCAACUAUUUAUUCAAGUCAGACCCGGAAUGCCAGAGUGCAUCAAGCAAUUAUCAUCAAUGUAUGAAAUUUUCUUUUUCACAGCUUCAAAACCAAACUAUGCAAAUAAAAUCAUCGAUAAUAUUGCUCCAUAUGUUGACAGAGAUCAUCGCUUUUUUGUCACAUCAUCACAAAAGAAAGAUUUAACAGUAAUCAAUCGCCCGCUAGCACAGGUCCUUCUCUUGGACAAUGCUACUUGCAGCGAACAAGUUGCUAACUUGCUUAUCAUCUCAACAUGGGUUGGUGAUACAGAAGAUAAAGUGUUUACAAACGAAUUAAUGCCUCUUCUUACCGAUAUUGUAGGCGAACAGGACUUAUUGACAGCAUGCCAUAGCAUCGUUUCUUCGAAGAGAUAUCCAUCUUUGAAAGUUGUUAGCUGCUGA